AUGUUUUACUUGUUACAGAGCCAUCCCUCAGUCAAGAAGGAGCAGUUGAUUCAUCCUUACUGCUUUACAGGGUCUUUGGACAUGUUACAGAAAUUGUUAGAGGUGUUCCCUAACACUUAUGUUGGGUUCACAGUAAUGGUCUGUAAGUCCAAUGACUACCUUGACAUGCUGCGGAAACUAGAGUCUUCACGUUUGCUCCUUGAGACGGAUGCUCCUUAUUUCAGCCCGCCACGCUGUAAAAAGUCCAAUCCCUAUAUGAUUGGAUGGGUUGCAUCCAGGAUAGCUGAGGCCAGAGGCCAAUCUUGGGGUAACCUCCUCAAGUUGGCAAGUGCUAAUGCACAAAGACUGUACAUUGAGAAGCUCCCUCCAGUCUCAAUGUACGGUGAUGAGUCCGGUUAA